GGUGGCAGAUAGUAAACUUCGUUUAAUUAGUGUUUGGAAUAGAAAAUUUUCUUAGAGCAAGGAGUUUUUAAGAAUUAAAAAGAUAUGAGUUCCUCUGUGCAUUGCCAACUAUGGAUGGGGAGCUUGGAACCAUACAUGACUGAGAAUUUCAUCAUAGCAGCCUUUCGAAAAAUGGGCGAAGAUCCUACCACGAUACGUCUGAUGCGCAAUAAAUAGACUGGUGAACCCGCAGGUUAUUGUUUCGUUAAUUUUGUCACUGAUGAGCAAGCCAUGGAUGCUUUGCAUAAACUGAAUGGAAAACCUACACCAGGGACAAAUCCUAUCGUAAGAUUUCGUUUGAAUAGUGCCAGCAAUUCUUAUAAAUUGCCAGGGGAUGAACGUGAGUUUAGUGUUUGGAUUGGUGACUUAAGUUCAGAUGUGGCCGACUAUCAGCUGUACAAGGUUUUCUCAUCAAAGUGUACAUCAAUUAAAACAGCCAAAGUUAUUCUAGACAGUUAUGGAUUCUCUAAAGGUUACGGUUUUGUGCGUUUUGGCAUCGAGGAUGAGCAGAAAUCAGCUUUAUAUGAUAUGAAUGGAUGUAUUGGGUUGGGUACGAAACCUAUUAAGAUUUGCAACGCUGUGCCUAAACCAAAGAGUGAAUUACCUACCCCUUAUCCAGGAGUAGGUAUACAAUAUCGACGUAUUGUACACUUUAAAGAUGAGUACAUCGAUCGAACCUCUGGAAGCAGCUCAUUUGGCUGGGCGCGAACCAGUCACAGGACGUGCGGUAGCCAAAGGCAUUGGUGGUGGCAUUAAACAAAAGUAUCAUUGGAUUAAGUGAGUAAGAAACGGUCCAACGGAAAGAGCUCCUCAAGAAGAGCGGGUAAUCCAGAUUAUGGAUGGUGGUUGUAGAACUGCUAAAUUCGCAGCGUAGUCGUGAACUUGGCAACCGGCCGCGUUCCGGUCUGUGGCAACGAAAAGACGGUCGUUUUGGACGCAAAAUAUGUAAAUUGCCGCUUAUGUCUGCCAUACCACCUUCGUCUCGGAAGGACGCAUAGCCCAUUA